GAUCUUCGUGUGGUUUUCGUACUUUUGAAAUCAAUUGCAUUCUCUUUAUAAUAAUGCUUUCACGGUCCUUGUGGGCGCGCCAGGUUGCGCCGCUCAGGCGUCAGGUCGUUGCUGCUCCUUUCGGGAUUCGUCGUUCGGUGACUACGGACGCUGCUUCAGCGCAUGCUGAGAAUAUCCCUGAGGAAGAUGACAAGCCCUUCACAGUCAGACUCUCCGAUGAGAGCUUUGAGACGUACGAGCUUGACCCGCCUCCAUACACCUUGGAGACUACCAAGAAGGAGUUGAAGCAGAUGUACUAUGACAUGGUUGCUAUUCGACGAAUGGAAAUGGCCUCUGAUCGUCUAUACAAGGAAAAAAAAAUCCGCGGCUUCUGUCACUUGUCCACAGGCCAAGAAGCCGUCGCCGUCGGUAUCGAACAUGCCAUCACCCCCGAAGACAAACUCAUCACCGCCUACCGUUGCCACGGCUUCGCGCUGAUGCGCGGCGGAACCGUCAAAUCCGUUAUUGGAGAAUUGCUGGGUCGUCGUGAAGGUAUCGCCUACGGAAAGGGAGGUUCCAUGCACAUGUUUGCUCCUAACUUCUUUGGUGGAAAUGGUAUCGUUGGUGCUCAGGUACCUGUUGGUGCUGGGUUGGCUUUUGCUCAGCAGUACAAUGGUGAAAAGACUUGCUCGAUUGCGCUUUAUGGUGAUGGUGCUUCAAAUCAGGGUCAGGUCUUUGAAGCGUUUAACAUGGCUAAGCUUUGGAAUUUGCCUGUUUUGUUUGGUUGUGAAAACAAUAAAUACGGAAUGGGUACAUCUGCCGCUCGCUCCUCUGCUCUAACCGACUACUACAAGCGCGGACAAUACAUCCCCGGUAUCAAAGUCAACGGCAUGGACGUCCUCGCCAUCAAAGCCGCCGUUCAAUACGGACGCGAAUACGCCAUUGCCGGCAAGGGACCCUUGGUCUAUGAGUACGUCACCUACCGCUACGGAGGCCACUCCAUGUCCGAUCCCGGCACCACCUACCGUAGCCGCGAGGAAAUCCAGCGUAUGCGCAGCACACACGACGCGAUUGCGGGCCUCAAACAGAAACUUUUGGACUGGUCUGUUGUCACUGAGGAAGAGCUCAAGGCUAUUGACAAGGAAGCUCGUAGCUUUGUUGAUGAGGAAGUCGCUGAGGCGGAGAAGAUGGCUCCCCCCGAACCUACUCCUCGUAUCUUGUAUGAGGAUAUUUUCGUUCGUGGUAGUGAGCCUCUCUGGAUGCGUGGUCGUACCGUGGACGAGACUUUUUACUAUUAG